AUGAGCGAAGUGAUCGGACAAGCCACGUUAGGAGGACGACAUAUUCGCAUGGGAGCAGGAGAAAUCCUGAAAGUGAUGGAUCUCUGCGCUGCCUCCGCUGCCAUGAAGCAUGUGCAGCACCAACGGACACCAACGCUGGCCUUUGAUCGGCUGGAGCUGCUCGUCCCCAUCUGCCAUGGAGACCUCGUGCUGACCCGCUCCUUGCUCGUUCACUCGCUCAUCUCUUCAGCAGGUGCACAUGGAUGCCAGAGUGAUCAACGUUGGACGUCAGCCAUGGGCGUUCAGGUGGUCGGAAGGAAGAAGGAUAUGAGAACUCGCCACUGGUACUACACGCACGAAGCUUUCGCGACUUUCGUCAGCCUCGGUCCUGACGGAAAGCCGUCGACGGUGCCGGAGUUGGUGCUGGAGACGCAGGAGGAGAUCAAGUCACAGGAGUACGCGAAGAAGAGGGUUGAGCUUGCACGGCGAUAUGCUAGGGAGCAGGCCGCGUUUGACAGCCACCCGAUCGAUCCGUUGGAGUUAGAGUUCAAGAAGGUGAAGGGUAUCGAGUACAUGCACAUCGAAGACACCGUGGUGCGCUUGCGGAAGAACUUUCUCCCUAGGAGCCUCAACGGCCUCGGGACCAUCUUCGGUGGAGACCUCAUGGAGUGGAUGGAAGGAGCCGCUAUAGUGUGCGCCAGGAACUUCACUCGGAACUCCAACGUGGUCACCAUUGCUAUGGACAACCUCUUCUUCAUGAAGCCGAUCUUGCCGACACACAUGCUCGAGCUCACGGCCAGGGUGGAGACGACGGUGAAGAUCAUAGAGUCCAUGUGGAACCAGAAGAAACAGGACGACGUGUCGCACAAGGGAUAUUUCACCAUCCUCAACACCGGCGAGUAUGGGGACAAGGAGGAAAUCUUCGUGAAGCUGGAGGUGGGGGAGGACGAACUCUCGCAGAGGGAGUACCUCAAAGCGAAGCAUCGCGCCGAGUUCCUGUGGCCGGAGUCCUGCCGCUCGAGACCCUCCUACGGUCAAGCCUUCACGCAGGAAGGAGUGGUCCCGUACCCUCCUUGGGGGGAUGAGGAGCGCAGCUAUUUCGGGAUCGCUUAG